GAGCCCAUGAGCAAUUAUUCCAUGUUCCGGAAAUUUGUCAGCGACGCUUCUUCCAUUCAGUAGAUUUCAUACGUGUUUACGUACUGUGGACAUUCGCCGCAUUUACUAUUGCUGCUAAUAAAACGUGGUUAUUUAUUUAACUUCAAAAAAUGGGUGAUGAGGAAAUUAUCAGAAGACGACUACUGAUAGAUGGAGAUGGGACAGGAGAUGCUCGUAUGAUUGCUAAGUUUACACGCUCCUUCAUCAAAUGGUGUUUCUCUGAAGAUGGUCCACAAGAAAGCCAGGCCCAGUAUGAACGACUUCUCACCAGCCUGGCCAGCAUUGAGCAGAGCUCCAUCAAAUGGGACAACAUUCUCAACAUGAACUCGUUACAACUUGAACAUUAUGAAGAACUCAAGAACGUGACGACUGAUGCGGUGGUGGACGCCGAAGAGGCGCUUAAUGCUGCUAAGCAAGAGCUCGCUAAGGCCAGGGAGGUGCGGAACAACGGCCUGCAAUAUCACGCUCUCGCCAAGCUCAUCCAGGAGCAUCCGUCACGGUCACCAACUGCUGAACGGCUCACCAAGCUUAGUGCAUCUUUAUCUAAAUUGAAGAGCGCGAGAGAUCAACUGGACGAGAAACUCUUAUUACGCAAGAAGCAGCUGCAUGUUCUCUUCACCGCCCUCCAUCAAUUGCAAGCUACCCUCGACUCAGACGAAGACAAGUCAGUAGCAGUCACGCCUGUUGAAGACAAUAGAGCUGCGCCGCUUGUCGAUUUGACAGACGAAAUCACCAUCAUAAACAACGGCAAUACCGUCACCGAAAUGGACUGCACUUAGUGAGCCCAGCACAAUGAGACGUGUUCUUCUACCCGAUCCCAAACUUCAUCCGAUGUUCACAUUAAGCGUAAGUUUUAGGUCCAGUUGUCGUUACGAGAAAUAAAUGCCCAGUGAACGA